AUGGUUUUCCAGAACUUGAUAAACUCCGCGGUUUUGACUCUAUGUGUUUUAGUUUUAUCAACGUGUAAUUAUCAAGCAUGCGCUUUUGGUAAAUUUGGUAAAUUCGGUAACUUUGGAAAUCAUAAAUGGGCUUCAAAAGAUCACUUUUGGGACAGGAAAAAGGAUGAUUAUGUCGUUAGGAGUAUAUGCGCUGACUUAAUCACCACCCAUGGAUACAAAUGUGAUGAAUUCGAAGUUACAACAAAUGCUGGAUACAUUCUUAGCAUUCAAAGGAUUCCAGUAGGUCGAUCCGAGUCGAGUAGCAACGCGACUAGGGAGCCGGUGAUAAUACAACAUGGAAUUAUGAUGGAUGGAGCAUCUUGGUUUAUGAACAGUCCAGCACAAAAUCUGCCUAUGAUUCUUGCUGAUAAUGGCUUUGAUGUUUGGAUUACUAAUGGCAGAGGAACCAAAUAUAGUCGCAAACACACCACCUUCGACUCUUCUAAAAAGCAAUAUUGGAAUUGGGGUCCGGAUGAAUUGGUUAGCGAUGAAUUGCCUGCUAUUAUUAAUUUUGUCUUCAAGCAAACAGGGCAGAAGAUAAAUUAUCUUGGUCAUUCUUUGGGGACUAUGGUAGCUUUGCUAUCUUUGUCAGAAGGUAAAUGGGUAAAUGAGGUGAAAUCAGUAGCAUUGUUGUGUCCUAUUUCCUAUAUAGGUAAUAUGAAAGCUAAACUUGCAACUUUGAGUAUGCGAUCUGAACGUGGCAAGAAAUAUACUGCUAGAGACUUUACUGAAUUUAAACCUAAAGGGCGUAUAACCCUUAGCUUUAUCAGAGUUAUCUGUGCUACCUUUAGACUAAACUGCAACGACCUGUUUACUGCAUUAACAGGUGAAAAUUGUUGCUUAGAUCGAGCAGCCUUUGUUCGACUCGCGCAAGUUGAACCUCAAUCAACUUCAAAAAAGACCCUGUAUCAUUUAUCUUCUAUAUAUUUAAAUGAUAUUGUGGCGAAAUUCGACUAUGGGAGAAGGGAAAUAAACCAAGGAUAUUAUGGACAACCAAAACCUCCAAUCUACAACCUCUCAAACAUUCCAAACAAUAUUCCAAUUUUCAUGAGCUAUGGUGGUAAAGACGCGCUCUCCGAUGUUGCCGAUGUUCAGAGAUUACUUUCACUACACUUUCAGAACCAUGAUAAAGCCAAGCUCAAUGUUCAGUUCAUUCAUGAAUAUGCUCAUUUUGACUACAUGAUGGGUGUGAAUGCCAAUGAUUUGGUGUACAAACAUGUUGCAUCAUUUUUCAAGCAGAAAUUUUGA